AAACUAAAGUUAGGAGGCUGACUUUAGUUGUUUAUUCACCAUCAUGGCCAACACUGUCGUGUUCCGACGUCUGCUAAAAUCUUUUUCGCUGAAUUCUUCCUUCAACAAUGUUGUUCGGAGCCGUUCAUUGUCAUCCUUAGUGACAGCGACCUCUGUGAUUAAACCAAGGACAUUGUCCAGCAGCCUCUCGAGAAUCCAUCAUAGACAGUGGCCAGUCAUCUCUCCAUACCAGCAGAAUGUCCGAACCAUGUUUAUUCAAACACAAGAUACGCCAAACCCGAACAGUCUCAAAUUCAUCCCAGGUACUCAGGUUCUUGAGGCAGGUACCAAAGACUUUCCAAAUAUGGCCUCCGCCCAUUGUUCUCCCUUAGCCAGACAACUGUUUCGGGUGGAAGGUGUGCGGUCGGUGUUUUUUGGUUCUGAUUUCAUCACCAUCAACAAGAUUGAAGAUACAGAUUGGGCUAUUAUUAAACCUAACAUUUAUGCUACUAUAAUGGAUUUCUUUGCUAGUGGCCUCCCAGUUCUGACAGAGGAACAACCCUCUGCAGAAACAGCUAUUGACCCUGAAGAUGAUGAGACUGUAGCUAUGAUAAAGGAGCUGCUUGACACCCGGAUUAGACCCACGGUUCAAGAAGAUGGUGGAGACAUCGUAUUCAUGGGAUUCGAAGAUGGAAUUGUCAAACUGAAAAUGCAAGGUUCCUGUACCAACUGUCCAAGUUCAGUUGUGACUCUAAAGAGUGGUGUACAGAACAUGUUACAGUUUUAUAUCCCAGAAGUCAAGGAAGUAGAACAGGUCGAGGAUGAAAUGGAUCGAGUUUCCAAUUCAGAAUUCCAGAAAAUUGAAGAGAAACUUGGUGAUGUAUGAAGAUCUGAAGAAGAAGAAGAGAAAAAAUAAGGAAGUUUUCCCCUCUUCAAAAUUCCUGUUUUCCACCCUGUUUAUUGUACAUAGUCUACCCAACUAAAUGUUAUAAUAAAACUUAUCUUCGUGUU